ACGGGGAAGGGUCGUCGGGGUGGGGGCCAGAUCUUCCUCCCAGUCCUAUCCCUCCCCCCCCCUCAAUUCUUCCUGCUCCUCCUCACCCCCCCCCCCACCCCGGGGUCUUUCAUCAGCCCCCCGCCUCCACCCCACCGAGAAGGCCCUCCUUUCACUUCCAACCUCCGUUCACCCGGGACUGCCUCCAGUCUCCCAUCUCCUCGUCUCGGCCCCCGUGCCCCGCCUCCUUUCGUUCCCACACCUCGUCACCCGAGGGUCCCUGAACCUGUCCCACCGGGAGACCAUCCUCUUCCCCAAACAGCGCAGCCGGGGUCCCCCGGGGAGCGGAGAGCCGGGGCCCCGGGGCGGCCACGAGGCUCGGGCCGUUUCUGGGAGCCCGCGCCUCCGGCCACCUUGAAACGCCCACCGCCCCGAGCCUGCGGGCCGGAGCCGGCCGGAGCGGCGGCCGGGCCGUCGGGAGUCGACAGAGCCCCCGGAUCCCAGCCCGAGCGAGCGGCCGAGAUUCGUGAGCCCCCGGGGCCCGGCAUGGAUCCGGGUGCCAUCCGGGGCCCGCUGAAGCCGCCGGGCCCCAAUCCCGCCUCCAACCCCCGCCUCAUGCGUCGCAUCAUCGCCGAGGACCCCGAAUGGUCGCUGGCCAUCGUGCCCCCACUCUCCGAGCUCUGCAUCCAGCACAUCGUCGAGAACUUUGAGCGGAACCCCAUCCUGGAGCACCUGCUCCCCGGGCACAGGCGGAAGGUCCUGGAGCGCCUGUCUCCCAACCUGCCCCUGGCCGUGACGGCCAACCUCGUCGACGACGAGGGCUACUGGUGUCGCUGCUGCAGCCGGCGCUGGCCCGUGUGCCGGGUGAGCUUCUACGGCUCCAGCUGGAAGCGGCUCUUCUUCGAGCGUCACCUGGAGAGCGUCCUGACCCACUUCAUCCCGGGCACCGGCGACCCCGACCAGGUGCGGGGCCUCCUGCCCCUCUGCCGGGCCUACGUGCGCCGCCUGAUCCUGGACCAGCUCCCGCCCCCGGUGCGGCAGGCCUCCCCGGGGCCCGACGACGGGGACGCGUCCGACUCGGGCAGCGAGGACAGCCUGGACGAGCUGGCCCGGGACCACCUGGACCUGGGCGAGGUGGUGGCCGGCCUGGACCGGCUGGAGGAGCUCCACCUGGUAUACGGCGUCCGGGACUGCGGCAUGAACUUCGAGUGGAACCUGUUUCUCUUCACCCACCGGGACUGCCGCUCCCUGGCCGGCGCCCUCAAGGCCUGCCGGACCCUCAAGGUGUUGAAGCUGACCCGGAGCAGGGUGACGGAUGAGAAGGCGCGGAUCCUGGUGCACGGCCUGCUGGACCACCCGGCCCUGGAGGAGCUGGACCUGUCCCACAACCUCAUCGGGGACCGCGGGGCUCGGGCCGUGGCCAAACUGCUGAACCACAGCCGGCUCCGAGCCCUGAACCUCAGCAACAACCGCGUGCGGGCCCCGGGGGCCCAGGCCCUGGCCCGCGCCCUGGCUCACAACACCACGCUCACCUCCCUCAACCUGAGGCUCAACCGCAUCGAGGACGAGGGCGGGCAGGCCCUGGCCCACGCCCUCCAGACCAACGACACCCUCGUCGUCCUCCACCUGGGCAGCAACGAGCUGUCCGAGCCCACGGCCACCCUCCUCUCCCAAGUGCUCUCCGUCAACACCACCCUCGCCAGCGUCAACCUCUCCUGCAAUCACAUCGGACCCGACGGCGGGAAGCAGCUGCUGGAGGGCAUGGCCGACAACAGGACGGUGGUGGAGUUCGACUUGCGGCUGGCAGAGGUCGGGCAGGAGAGUGAGUACCUCAUGGGUCAGGCCCUCAAGGCCAAUCAGGAGGCCGCGCGCCUCAAGGCCCCGCUACCCGGCUCGGCGCCGACGGCUUCCUGAGGGAGCCGGGUCCUCCCCCACCUCCCCUCACGUCGGCCUCGGCGGGAGAUUGGCACCCCGAGGCGGCAUUCGCGGCCUCCUGCCGGCGAGGGGGGAGAAAGGAGGCCGGACCCCUUCUCCGGCCUUCCCUUCUCGCAGAAUGAUUUUUCGAAUAAAAUCUCUCCUCUCCCCUCCUU